UGAGCCAGGUGACCGGAGAGGCAGGAAACUCCAGGUCUGGUUAAUGAUUCUCCGGUUCCGGGAGCGGCAGCCCCAAGCGCCCAGGAGCACAGGCUGGUCCCGCCUUUGGGAGGGACCUGGUCUCGCCUUUGGGGUCUCCCUGGUCACCCCAGGGAGGUGCGCUAGGCUGGGCACGGCCAAGCAGGACUGAGGCUGAGGGCUGGCACCUGGAGCCAGUUCUGGGUGGGGCGGCCACCGCCCAGCGGGCCUGACCCUGGCCCUCACCCCCAGGACAGGGAUGCCCUCAGGACCGGCGGCCAUGGAGCUAAAGGUGUGGGUCGACGGCAUCCAGCGCGUGGUCUGCGGGGUCUCGGAGCAGACCACCUGCCAGGAAGUGGUCAUCGCACUAGCCCAAGCUAUUGGCCAGACAGGCCGCUUUGUGCUGGUGCAGCGUCUCAGGGAGAAGGAACGGCAAUUGCUGCCCCAGGAGUGUCCAGUGGGUGCCCAGGCCACCUGUGGGCAGUUCGCCAGUGAUGUCCAGUUUGUCCUGAGGAGGACUGGGCCCAGCCUAGCUGGGCGGCCCUCCUCCGACAGCUGCCCACCCCCUGAACGUUGCCCAAUCCGCGCCAGCCUCCCUCCGAAGCCUCGACCAGCGCUGGGCCGGGAACCUCGCAAAACACUGACCUUCAGCCUGGGGGGUCCCAGGCUGGCACCCAGCCUGGCGCCCCCGGAGCCUGGGGUCGCCGCAGUCCCGGCACCUGGCAGCUGCACGGACCUGCAGGGCCUGGAGCGGAGGGUGCAGAGCAACGCGGCGGAGCUGGGCCAGGAGGCCUUCUGGGAGCAGGAGCUGCGGCGGGAGCAGGCGCGGGAGCGGGAGGGGCAGGCGCGCCUGCAGGCCCUGAGCGCUGCCACCGCGGAGCAUGCCACCCGCCUGCAGGCCCUGGACGCCCAGGCCCGCGCCCUGGAGGCCGCGCUCCACCUGGCCACAGAGGCCCCGGGGCCCACCUCGCCCGGCACCUCAGCCGCAGAGCGGCUGCGGCAGGACCUGGCGGCCCAGGAGCGGCAGAGUGCAGAGGUGCAGGGCAGCCUGGCCUUGGUGAGCCGGGCGCUGGAGGCCGCAGAGCGUGCCCUGCAGAAUCUUCUGCUUCCAGCCAGAGAAGAGCCCCCCGCCGGAGCCCCACAGAGCCCUGCCCUCGUGUCCGCUCUGAACCCAGAGGCGGCCCCCGUGAGGCAGGACGGCUGGAGGUAGCGUUGCCUGUCCGGCGUGGACGUCCACUACAGCCUGCCCGAGCUCUCGAGAUGCCGGGGAGGGUGGCCGAAGUCAGCCCGGCCCAGAAGGCAGGAGUCGCGGCCGGCGGGAGGCCCGGGCCUGGGGCUGAGACUCUGCCUCUGAGCCCGCGCUUCAGCCUGGGGCUGGGGGAGGCUCCCCAGGCCUUGUCGAGUCUGCGUGGCCCCCAAGAAGCGCAGUCAGCUUGGAACCAGCCAGCCCUGUGGGCCACAGCUCCCUGCUGGGCACAGGAGAUGGGGGUGCGUGUGCACACCACGGCCCCCCACCCCGGUAACGAGACCUCAAUAAACUGCC